AUGGCCCGCCCUCCUCCCAUUCCCAUUCCCAUCCCCCUCCUCCUCCUCCUCCUCCUCCUCCUCCUCACCAACGCCGCCGCAAAACCCUCCUCCUCCUCCUUCACCCCCGCCGAUAACUACCUCAUCAACUGCGGAUCACCGGAUUCCACCCCUCUCGACGACGGCAGAGCCUUCAAAUCCGACCCCCAAUCCUCCUCCUACCUAUCCACCGAUGAAGACAUUCUAGCUUCUCUUCCCAACAUCUCUUCGCCGUCGUUGUACGCCACCGCCAGAAUCUUCCACCACCUCUCCAUGUACCGAUUCCUGAUUUCCAAACCCGGCCUCCAUUGGAUCCGCCUCCACUUCUACCCCCUCCCCCACCCCACCUACAACCUCACCUCCGCCACCUUCACCGUCACCACCGACGACACCGUCCUUUUGCAUGGCUUCUCCGCCGCCACCUCCAAAACCAUCAUCAAAGAAUACCUCAUCAACGCCACCUCCGACAAGCUCACCCUCAAAUUCUCCCCCAUGAAAAACUCCGCCGCCUUCAUCAACGCCAUCGAGCUAGUCUCCGCCCCGGACGACCUCAUCCCCGACACCGCCGCCGCCGUGUCUCCCGCCGGCGAAUUCUCCGGCGUCAACAAACACUCCUUAGAAGUCUCCUACCGCCUCAACGUCGGCGGCCACCUCGUCACCCCCAAAAACGACACCCUCUCCCGGACCUGGCUCCCCUCGGACGCGUACCUCGCCCUCCCGGAGGGCGCCAGGAACGUGUCCGUCCCCACCGACACGAUCACCUACCCCAAGGGCGGCGCCACCCCUCUCACCGCCCCGUAUUCCGUCUACGCGACGGCGGAUCAGAUGGCGGACUCCUCCACCGCCGAUCCGAAUUUCAACCUGACUUGGAAAAUGAGCGUUGAUCCAAGCUUCUCGUAUUUAAUCAGGCUCCAUUUCUGCGAUAUAGUCAGCAAAGGCCUCAACGAGCUCUACUUUAACGUCUACAUAAACGGAAUCACCGGCGCCGCCAAUUUCGACCUCUCCGCUCUCACCUCCGGCCUAGCGAUACCUUACUACAAGGACUUCGUGCUCAACGCCUCCGCCAUCACCAACGGGAGCGUCGUAGUCCAGGUGGGGCCCACCUCCAACGUCAUCUCCGCCCUCCCCAACGCCAUUUUAAACGGCCUCGAGGUGAUGAAGAUGAGCAACUCCGCCGGCAGUCUCGACGGACUUUUCUCUGCGGAUGGGAAGAAACACGGGCAGAGCUCCGUGAUGAGAGUCGCGGCGGGUGUCGGGCUAGCGCUAGGUGCGGUAGCGUCGCUUCUGCUCCUUUUUGCCUCUUUCCGAUGGUGCAGGAAGCCGAGAGGGUACGAGAAGCAGAAGACGUUCUCGUCGUGGCUGCUCCCGCUCAACUCCAGCCAAUGCAGCUUCAUGUCGAGCAAGAGCAAGAGCACGACCUUCUCCACCAUCUCCGGCGGCCUCAACCAGCUCGGGAGGUUCUUCAGCUUGAACGAGCUCAAGGAGGCAACCAAGAAUUUCGACGAGAAAUCAGUCGUUGGAGUUGGUGGUUUCGGAAAGGUAUACCUAGGCGAGAUCGAUGGCGGAGCCACCAAGCUCGCCAUAAAAAGAGGCAAUCCGUCUUCCGCUCAGGGGAUCAACGAGUUCCAGACAGAGAUCCAGCUUUUGUCGAAGCUGAGGCACAGACAUUUAGUAUCUCUCAUUGGCUACUGCGACGAGCAGUCAGAGAUGAUUCUUGUCUACGAGUACAUGUCCAACGGCCCGCUGCGGGACCACCUGUACGGCCCCGCGGCUCUGCCUCCACUGACGUGGAGGCAGAGGCUGGAGGUAUGCAUAGGCGCAGCGAAAGGCCUGCAUUACCUCCACACUGGGUCAACCCAGGGAAUCAUUCAUCGCGACGUCAAGACUACAAACAUCCUUCUAGAUGAGAAUCUGCUGGCUAAGGUGUCCGAUUUCGGGCUGUCGAAGGUGGGGCCGGCGUCGCUGGACCAGACGCAUGUUAGCACGGCGGUGAAAGGGAGCUUCGGGUACCUGGACCCGGAGUACUUCAGGAGGCAGCAGCUGACGGAGAAGUCGGACGUGUACUCGUUCGGGGUGGUGCUGUUCGAGGUGCUGUGCGCGAGGGCGGCGCUGGACCCGGCGCUGCCGCGGGAGCAGGUGAAUCUGGCGGAGUGGGCGAAGCAGCAGCACGCGAGGGGGGAGACGGAGAAGAUCGUGGAUCCGGUGAUUGCGGGCACGAUUGGGAAGGACUCGCUGAUUAAGUAUGUGGAGACGGCGGAGAAGUGUCUUGCGGAGUAUGGGGUGGACCGGCCGUCGAUGGGGGAUGUGCUGUGGAAUAUUGAGUACGCGCUGCAGCUGCAGGGGGCGGAGGAGAAGAAGACUGGUGGCGGUGGAGGGGAGGGAGAGGGGGAGGUGGUGGUGGGGAUGAUGAGCGAUGAUUCGGGGGUGGUUGGGGCUUCUCCUGUGUUUCUUGAGAGUUGUCAUGCAAGAUGAGGUGUAGUUUGGUUUUGGUUUCAUGCAAUCUUCUUCACCUCAUGUGUUUUUUCUUUGUUUAACAUAGGAUGUAUCUUUGGAGUUUCUAAUUAUGUAAUUUCAUGCAAUCUUCUUCAAAUGUUUCAUGAAGAUUGUUUAAUGAUCUUAUUUAAGUUGUUAACUUUGAAUAUCUGGCAAUAUUGAUGUGU